CUGACUAUUGAACACUCCAAGGAUGGCCUCGACGCGCAGACACAGACAACCCAGUCAAUACCUGUCGGGUGACACGCCCAGUGCCUAUUGUAAUGUGACGCGCAUACACAGCGCGUUAUUUACGCGUUGUUUGUGGCGCGGGGCUGCGAAAGGGGCACCGCUGGGCCAGUGACCGCGGCCCCUGGGACCGACGCCCGUCAAUGAAUCAAUGACAAGUCAUAGCACGGGGGCGGACGAAGCCGCAAGAGGCGUUAUCGGGCUUCCCAGGCACUCUGCCGUCCAGCACCGUCACGCAUCCCCAGCGCUCCCGGGGCGGUACCCCGCGCCGCCACCUCACUCAGUACCGCGUCGCGUCAUGACUAGCUCGGCUCGCACCGUCCCAGUCCUGACUCGGCCCACCACCAUCGCCACUCUCACUACUUAGCCCUCGCACCAUCCCCUCACUACUCCCACCUCACCUGCACCUGCCCACCCACACGCAAUGCCUGCCCUCACCAACACCAACAACGCGACCCGCACCAAGCUCAGGGGCGUCCACGUCACGCCCGUCAGCGCGCUCAAGGCGCAGCGCAACGCCGAGCACGCCGCCGCCCCUGCGCUGCCCGACAACGACGCAUCGUCCCCCGCGGUCCUCAAGGCCGUCCGCGAGUUCGAGCACGGCCGGCACCGCGCGAAGCGCGCUGCGGACACGGAGCGCAUGCGCGAGCGCAAGGAGCGCAAGCGGCGGGGCGGCGCUGCACGGUCGACGCACGCCGGGCACGCGCGCAAGGUCGACGCGCUCGACGUGGACGUGGAGGACGGGGACGCGCGCGAGCUGGACGGGGAGCGCGGCGUGCUGAGGAGCUCGCACUCGCAGGUGGAGCUCGACGAGGCCUUGGCUGGCAGUGGCGUUGCGGACCCGGACGGCGGCGCGUCACAGCAGAUAAGCCUGGAGGACCUCAUCAGGCCGGCCAAAUCCCACAGGCGCAAGGCGGAGGACUUUGAGGUCGUCCCCAAGGUCCGCUCCGUCAUCGCUCUCGACGACCAUGCCCCUGCUAUCCCGGAGCUCGACGAGCCAUGGGAACACGUCAUUCUCGAGGACGAGCACGACCUCGCGCCAUCCUACGCACAGAUCGUCGCUGCCGCUGAUUGAAGUGCCUGUGCGCCACCCGGACCAGUACGCCCCGAUCUGGCACUCGGCGUUCGGACGGACGAAUCUCCGCGCGCGCAUAUAUAUAUGCAUGACUAUUCAUAGCCCGGACUGCAGAGCGGACAUAUCAGUAUACCAGUCAUACCAAGCAGUAACGACCUCAUGGCGAAUCGUACUUACGGACACCCCAACUAAUAGCCAGAUACACAUCCUAGCGUAUAGCCAACAAAUUUGAAUACCGAUACCAUGUACCAUG